AUGGCUGACUACUACGACCAACGCCGGGGUCAUGGCCACUCGUCUAACAACCAACGGGAUGCCGCCUUCUCCAACAUCUUCGGUGCAGCUCCCCCGCCAGGCCGCUCGCAAACCAUGACAUCUUCCUCCGGUGACAUGCCCUCGUCUCGCCCCAUGCAGCAGGACGGCAGAACCUCAACAAUGUCGUCGACCAUGUCUGGCAUGUCCUCAAACGACAUGCGGCGGCAACCUCCACCGAGGCCCCAGCAGCGUGGCUACGACGAACAAAUGUCGGGUAGGACGCGGACGAUGGACACGAGCAUGGCAAAUGGAUACUACCAGAACCAACGAAACCCAUCAGGCGGAUAUCCACCUCAACAUCAGCAUGCGAGAGGCCCGAUGCCUGGCCCUGAUAGGAGACCAUAUCCCGGACCACCGCCACAACAUGGAGGAGCAGGAGGAGGACCGCCACCACCAAGGUUCGACUCUCGAACGGCGACUAUGCAAAGCUCGAGUGGUUAUGGUCCGCGUGCACCAGCCCAGAGGUAUUAUCAAGGAGCGCCUCAGCAGCCAGGCGCUCCAACUGCUUCAAGAGAGGACCCUUACAGAUCGCAAUCCAUGGCGAGCAUACAACGACCAAAUAUGUACCAAGCACCCCCUCCACAAAGCCAGCAAACACCCAUGAACAGCUUUAGAGGAGCAUCAGGUCCGGUGGCGCCGGCUUCGCGAACGACAGCACAGGGUCGUAUCGUGCCAGAACGUCACGACGAUCGGUCAAUGUCCAUGACUGGAUAUCCCCCGCCAGAUAGGGAUGCACACCAAACCAUGAGUGGUCGAAUUAUACCAAAUCGCGCCAGAGCACCAUCAAACGAAACCCCCGCGAUGAAUGGCUACGCAAAUUAUAAUGGCUAUACACCGGCUCCGGGUACAGCCACAAGAACUAUGAGUAUGGCCUCGUCGACUGUCUCGACCAUUACCGCAGGCGAUCACAGCCGAACCAUGUCAAUGGCUAGUACCAUUACACCAUCUGAAUCCCCCGGCGACGACCAAAAAGAUCUUAUGCACCGUCCUUCAAUAUCGUCAAGAUCUACGGGCGAGGGCGAUAGGCCACCUACUGCCAAAGUCCGGACGCCGCUUGUAUAUCCUGCCCUGCUAUCGAGAGUGGCGGAAAAAUUCCAACAGAAAAUCAUCACUGGAGACAGGACGAAGAACGAGCUGACCUACAAGAACGCUUUUAGUGGUUCCGAAGCUGUCGAUGUCCUCUCGUACAUCAUCAGGACGACAGACAGGAAUCUGGCUUUGCUGCUUGGUCGAGCUCUUGAUGCGCAAAAGUUCUUCCACGAUGUUACAUACGAGCAUCGUUUGCGUGAUUCUAGCUCUGAGAUGUACCAGUUUAGAGAAACACUGAUGGACGAGCCGGACGACAAGCCCCCGGUCAACGGUGUAUUCGUGUUGCUCUCCGAGUGUUAUUCGCCAACAUGCACAAGGGAUCAGCUGUGUUAUUCGAUCGCUUGUCCACGAAGAUUGGAGCAGGUUUCGCGACUCAACCUGAAGAUGCAGCCUGGCUUGAAGAGGGAGGAUGAUACCGUCGCUAACGAAGACGACAUUGACCAGACCGACGAACAGAAGCUUUGGAUCAACAGCGUGCCAAAGGAGGUGGCCGAGAGUGUUGAUGAUAGGGAGAAGAAGAGGCAAGAAGUCAUGUCCGAGAUAUGUUACACGGAAAGAGACUUUGUCAAAGAUUUGGAAUACUUGCGAGACUUCUGGAUCUUGCCCCUGAGGUCCAAAAACUCGCCCAUCCCAGCUCCAAAGCGGGAGAAGGUUGUCCGGAACAUCUUUAGCAACAUUAUCGACCAUCCAGCCCUGCAUACUGUCAGUUCGAGGUUCGCAAAGGCCUUGACGGAACGGCAGCAGAAGAACCAUGUCAUACCCAAUCUGGGUGACAUUUUCCUCGAAUUUGCGCCCCAAUUCGAGCCGUUCAUCUUAUAUGGUUCAAAGCAACUAGAGGCUAAGUUUGAGUUUGAAAGCGAGAAGGGCAGCAAUCCGUUCUUCUCCAAGUUUGUGGACGAGAUCGAGCGGAGAAAGGAGUCAAGGAAGCUCGAGCUUAACGGUUAUCUCACGAAACCAACGACAAGAUUAGCGCGAUAUCCGCUGCUCCUGGAGAAUGUGCUCAAAUAUACAGAAGAGGGCAACAAAGACAGGGAGGACAUCCCCAAGGUGCUCGUAAUGAUUCGCAGUCUCCUGACUCGUGUCAAUGCCGAGUCUGGCAAGGCUGAGAACCGAUUCAACCUGCGACGCCUACAUGAACAGCUGCGUUUCCGCCCCCAAGACCGUGUUGACCUCAGGCUUACCGAAGAUGGCCGUGAGAUGGUGUUCAAAACUGUCUUCAAGAAGAGUCCGAGUGAUCCUACUGAGAUUACUGCGUUCCUGUUUGAUCACGCAGUUCUUCUGGUGAGGAUAAAAACCCAAGGCAAGAACGAGGAAGUGAAGGCCUACAGAAGGCCUAUUCCCCUGGAAUUACUCUCAAUCAGAGAGAUGGACGAAGUUAUUCCACAGCAUGGCAUGAAACGCUCUUCCUCGAGUUUGAUUCCCCUCCGUGCGGGUAAUACCGACAACAAGAAGACUGAGGGCUACCCAGUCACAUUCCGUCACUUGGGUAAGAAUUUCUACGAGCAGGUGCUCUAUGCGGCAAAUCAUUCGCAAAGGAAGAAGUGGCUUGAAUUCAUCGAUACCGCUCAGCAACGACUACGGUCUAGAGCCGAUUUCUUCAAUGUGAACAAUAUCUCCACGGGAUUCUUUGGUGUUGGCAACCAGGUCAACACAGUUACACCUUGUGAUGGUGGCCGCAAACUGAUCUACGGAACUGACCAGGGCAUCUAUGUUUCGGAUCGAAAGAACAAGGACGCAACCCCCAGACGGGUCAUCGAUGUCCCAAGUGUGACACAAGUCGAUGUUCUCGAAGAAUAUGGCCUCCUGCUUAUUCUCUGCAACAAAACCCUCAUGUCAUACUCCCUACAGGCUUUAGAGCCCAAUGAGCCGGCCCUUUCCAAACGAGGGAAGAAGAUUCAGAGCCACUGCACUUUCUUUAAAGCAGGUAUCUGUCUCGGUAGGCACUUGGUGUGUUGCGUGAAGUCUACUGCACUUUCGACCACAAUCAAGGUGUACGAGCCGAACGAUGCCAUGAGCAAAGGAAAGAAACAGAAGGGCUUUGGUAAGAUGUUCAAUGCUGGGCAAGACGAGCUGAAGGCCUUCAAGGAGUUUUAUAUCCCGACAGAAUCUACUUCGGUUCACUUCCUGAAGAGCAAGCUUUGCGUAGCUUGUUCACGAGGUUUCGAAGUGGUAUCUUUGGAGACUUUGGAGACACAGAGUCUGCUUGAUCAGGCAGAUACGUCACUCGAUUUUGUUGCCCGGAAAGAAGGCGUGAAGCCGAUUCAUAUCGAACGACUCAACGGCGAAUUCCUCCUCAACUAUACCGACUUCUCCUUCUUUGUUAACCGUAACGGUUGGAGAGCGCGGCCAGAGUGGCGCAUUGAUUGGGAAGGUACUCCCCAAAGUUUUGCCCUCAGCUACCCCUGGAUAUUGGCGUUUGAGCCGAACUUCAUCGAGAUUAGAAACAUCGAAAAUGGAGCCGUGCACAUUGUGCCGCAUAAGAACAUCAGGAUGCUACAUAGCAGUACGCAUGAGAUUCUAUUUGCGUAUGAAGACGAAAAUAAUCAGGAUGUUGUGGCAACUAUUGAUUUCUGGAAGAACAACCGGAGAUCAGAAAUGCCGUCCUCGCAGGAAAAGGGGCAAGGUGUUCACUAG